CACCGGUAGUUCUGCACUGAUCGCAGUCCCAAGUGCAGGCACUUCAACCCAAAACGCCACAGUCCUUAUUGGCGUUCAGUACAGCGGUCCCAUGGUGGACAAGCGGGCGCCCACGCUGCCGUCCAAGUACGACGGGAAGGCUGACAUCACCUCUUGGAUUAGUUCCAUGCGGUCAUACUUCGAGGUCAUGCGGACACCGCAAGAGGACCGAAGUAUGAUCAUGGGAACUAAUACCGAGCCUGCCGUACGAAACCACAUUGAGCUCCAAGUUGUUGUUGCACGCUAUGCACGCAUAGACCUGACUGAUUGGCUGAAGGUCACCCUUGUUCGCACCCUUGAGGAUCUUCUCCUUGACUGGUAUCAGGAUGAACAUGCUGCGCUCAAGGCUAGACUGAAGCUUGAGGCCCUCAAGGGCCAAACAUGGAGGUCAUCCAUGCAGGCUUUGGAACAGCACCUGACUGGUCUAUUCACCACUCCGGAUCUAGGAAUGACUGACGUGUCUUGCAUGGAUGUAGUCAUGGGAGUGACCCCUAAAGAAUACCUCUCCCUGCUAGCACUCAAGGACCAUGCUACCUGGCGAGAGCUCAUGAAGGACCUCGUCGACCUAGAGGCCAAGGACCUCGCCAGGCGCAAGAAGGCGCCCGUUGCAGGUGGGAAACCACACCGCAAGUGGUUUGGAGGCAGCAACCAGCUUGCACUGCAUGAUCAUUGGGAGGCUGACGAUCAGUCCUAUACGGAUGAUCUGCCUCUAGAUGACGAUCUAGAGCCGGACUCCGAUACGGGCUGUUCCACAUCAGCCAUUGAGUGUGACCGAAAAGAUGACGAAAAACUUAAUGCAUUUAGAAAGACUGCUUCAAAUAAGGGGCCUAACCGUGGUUCAGAAAUCGAGAUAAUAGAGGGAAGUGCUCCUCCAAAGGGAUGCGUCUACCGUAUGGGACAAGGAGAGUUGGAGGAGCUGCGGAGACAAAUUGAUGACAUGAUUGAUCGUGGAUGGAUUAGGCCUAGCGAGUCUGAGUUUGGCGCACCUGUUUUGUUUGUGCCGAAGAAAGGAGACAAACUCCGGAUGUGCAUUGGUUAUCAUGGUUUGAGCCGAAUCACAAGGAAGAAUGCCUACCCUUUGCCUCGUAUAGAUGAUCUGUUGGAUGCGGCCGGUGGAUGCAAAGUCUUCUCUAAGAUCGACCUCAAGUCUGGCUACCACCAGAUUGAAGUUGAUCCGAGCGACCAGCACAAAACUGCGUUCAAGACUCGUGAUGGGCUGUACGAAUUCAUCGUUAUGCCCUUCGGCCUUACGAACGCACCAGCCACAUUUCAGUCCCUCAUGGACAAGGUCCUCCGCCACCAACUUAACAGGUUUGUGGUUGUGUAUUUUGAUGACAUUCUGAUUUUCAGCAAGUCCAUGGAGGAGCACGUCAAGCAUCUCGAGGAGGUUUUGCAAGUCCUCAAAGAUGAUCAACUGCACCUCAACUUGGAGAAAUCUGAGUUUGGUAGGGACAGCGUUAUCUACCUUGGGCACCGGUUGUCUGCAAGCGGUCUUGAGCCGGAGGCAACCAAGGUUGAGGUCAUCCGCAACUGGCCUCAACCAGCGAAUGUACGCGAGCUGCGUUCUUUGCUUGGUUUGGCUUCUUACUACCGGAAGUUUGUGCCUAAGUUCUCUGUCAUUGCUCACCCACUCUCGCGCCUGACUAGCAAGAAUGUUGCCUAUGCGUGGUGUGAAAAGUGUGAGACUGCGUUCCAAGCCUUGAAAGAGGUUUUGGUGAGUCCUCCUGUGCUCCGCAUUGCGGAUCCCAACCUCACGUUCGUAGUCACUACGGACGCGAGCCAGUUUGGGAUUGGUGCAGUGCUGCAACAAGAUGAUGGCGAUGGUCUGCGUCCGCUUAAAUAUUACAGCAAACGCAUGCCCAGCCACAAGGUAGCCACUUCCACAUACAUGCGRGAGCUCUACGCCUUGCGCGAGGCGUUCACGCAUUGGAAGCACUACCUCUUGGGUCGCCACUUCAAGGUCUAUUCAGAUCAUCAGACCUUGCAAUGGAUUAAGACACAAACUGAUCUCUCUCCAACUCUGACCCGCUGGCUGCAUGACAUUGAUGUUUUCAACUUUGAACUAAAACAUAAGAAAGGCUGCUAUAAUCGUGUUGCUGAUGCUCUGUCGCGCCAUCCUCAGUAUUUGACUUGCCUUGUGGACUCGUACGACCUCCGGAGGAAACUGAAGGAGGAUCUGGUCGAGCACACUGCCAAGGAUCCGGACCUUACUCCCAUCCUUGAGCAGCUCAAGGCUGACCCCAACAGUCAGCCUGAUUUUCAUGAAUGCGAGGGUCUUGUAUUUCGCCGGUACGGAAAGUUUGACCAUUUGUGUGUACCCAACCAUGCGCCUCUCCGAACUCACUUCUUGGAUCUGGCGCACGGUCGGAGUGGACAUUUUGGCUUUGAGAAGACUUAUGGAAGUCUUCUGCAACAAUUUGACUGGCCAGGAAUAAAAGGAUCUGCUCAGAAAUUUAUUGUUGAAUGUAAAGUAUGCCAAAGGAUCAAGGUUCACAGGCAUAAGCCUUAUGGCCUACUGAGACCUCUUCCCAUUCCCAAUGGACCCGGCGAGUCGAUCUCCAUCGACUUCACGAACAUGGGAAAGGUGAGUGAGGCUGGGAAUUCACAAGUCAUGGUCACUGUGGACCGCUUCUCCAAAUUUCUGAACUUGAUUCCUCUCCCUCCUCACGCCCCGACUGAACUUGUCAUAGAAGAAUUCCAUCAGCAGUACAUUCUGCAAUCCGGCGUCCCGAAAACUAUUGUGAGUGAUCGGGACACAAGAUUCAUCAGCAAAGAUUGGAAAGACUUCACAUCUCAGAUCUACGACAUCAAACUGAACAGGACUUCUAGUCGACACCCCGAAGCCAACGGAUUGGCUGAGGAGAUCAACUAGACUGUCAUCCAAUUGCUUCGCGCACUAAUUGUUCCAAAUC